AUCCUACCAAGUAACAGUUUUUAUUUUUCGAAGAAAUCACUACAGAUAUGGUGCAUGACGAUAGAGCCUGCUUUAAUAUAAGUAAACAAUGAGUGUUGAUACAUUACAGCCAUACAAAUGGGCCUAAUACCAUACAUAUUAUGCCUAGACUACUUUGGAUAUCCUAAACCGUGUGGGGGAAGUUGGCGGGCGUCUGCGUUUCCAUAGUUUGCUUGGUGUGCCGAUGACAGCCAUUUGCUACAGCCAUUCACAGUAGAAAACAUGUAGCAAGUACCGGCCGUUCCACCAAUAGCAUAUCAGGAGGCGGGCCAAAAAGCACAGUUAACGUAGGCUAUACGGCUAGUAGGAAGAAGAAGCCGAUUCUGGAAGCCAUUACGUUGCGCACAUCAAUUGAGUAAAUCCUACUAUUUUUGCGUACAAUACGCACAAUUAUCUUUCCAAAAUAUCGAAUUUGUUUAAUUAUGGCAUCGCUUGCGAAAAAGAGAAAAAUGAAUUUUUCGGAGCGGGAGGUAGAGAUUAUUGUAGAGGAAAUAGAGAAACAAAAGCAUACACUCGUUAACCAUUUCAAUGCUGGAGUCACCCACAUUGCAAAGAAUAACGCAUGGGUGGAAAUUCUUAAAAAGGUAAACGCCGUAACCACCUGUCCAAGAGAGUUGGCUGAGGUUAAAAAGAAAUGGUCCGAUAUGAAGACUGAAGUUCGGCGAAAAGUGGCCCAGGCCAGAUCUGCUAUUGAGGGGACCUCGGCCGAAUGCACGCCUAUUCCUGUUAUUCUCACGGCUAUGCAGCAGAGAAUUUGUAACCUCUUGGGAGAAGCGACUAUUAUAAAUUUGCCAGCAGGGGACUCGGAUGCUGAAAUAACUUUACCUGUCACAAUGAGUACCGCAACCGUCACAUUAACAGAGACUUUGUCUUCCUAUGCAGCUCUUCCAGUUGGUGCAGGGACAGUUUGUGAUGAAUCAAAAUCACUGACGGAGACCACCUACCACACGCUGGAGGAGGCCGGCGUGGUGGAGUACUGCACCACCAUCGUGGGCGAGCCCGUCCCCACCGUGGUGACGGCGGUGGAGAACCCGGUGGAGAUGCUGUCCCCCUCCUCCCCCCCGCUCCCCCAGGGACAGGCCAAGCCCCAGGAGCUGAAGAGCCGCAUCGCCCUCAACUCGGCCCGCCUGCUGCAGGAGCAGAGGGUCACCAACGUCCACAUCCGGCAGAUCGCCCAGCACAUGGAGGGCCAGAACGAGCUGCUGCAGAUGAUGCGGCGCUCCCAGGAGGCCCAGGCCUACGCCCAAGAGCGGCAGGCCCAGGCCCUGGAGGGCACCCAGGCAGCCCUGCUGGCCCUGGUGCAGAUGCUCCGGCCCGCGCUCAAGGACCUGCGGAAGUUCCUGCAGCAGAGCGGGACUGAGGCGGCACACUCCAGUGGCACAGCAACCACCGGCGCAACAACAACAACGACAACGACGACAACUGCUGCUGCUGCUGCUGCCGAGGGCUCAGGAGCUGAAGAGCAGCCAAGGCCCAAAAGCCCUGUCCCACCAGAGCCAACAGAAGAGACACAGUAGACACAGUGUGUGUGUGUGUGUGUGUGUGUGUGUGUGUGUGUGUGUGUGUGUGUGUGUGUGUGUGUGUGUGUGUGUGUGUGUGUGUGUGUGUGUGUGUGUGUGUGUGUGUGUGUUAGUAGGUAUAGAGAGACUGGGUGGGGGUUUGAGGUUACUGCCUUCCCUUGGAACACCUGAGAAAAAAAUCUGAGAUAUGUCCGUCAGCGCAUACACCUUAUUUUUUACUUUUGUUUUGUAUAAAAACCCACAAAAUAACUUUUAUAUUGAGAUCUCUCUGUAGCAUUGGAUUUGUGUCAGAAGUAUCAAAAACAGAACAGUUACGGUCAAGUAUAACAAACCUUUCUUUGAUGAAUAGAAUGCCAAGUGUCAAGAGCGAAUCGUUCAUUUAAAUAAGAUAACUCUGAAGUUGUGUUGUACAAUUAUCCUUGAAUUACCCUUCCCAGAUGUGAAUGAUUGUGUAAAUCAUUACUCUGAAAACAGUGAAAGUAACAGGGACAUUUCAAUUAAGAAAUUGAAGACAUAAUAUUAUGAUUGAUUUCAUGUCAGUGUUAUUGAAGAAAGUGAAGCUGUAAGUGACAAGCAGAGUCGCAUCUCCAAUUUUAAAAAGUUCAUAAUCAAUAUAUCAUAGUUCCCACUGUUCUGUUGGAUCACAUCAAAGGAACUUCCUUUACCCGUCAACCUGCUUCUACAAACCAUGUGCCUGUAUCUAUAAUUGCAAAAUAUGUUUUGCUUGAUUUAGAAACAUAUGUGAUGUUGUUGAUAAAGACUGAUACAAUAA